AUGGCGCGUAGGGUUUCGAUUUCUUCAUUCUUCUUCGUCUUCGCACUUUCUCUUCUCACGGCACAGAUCUCUGCUGAGGAGGCAUCCGAGACUAAGGAGUUCGUGCUCACGUUGGAUCACUCCAACUUUCACGAGACUAUCAGCAAGCACGAUUUCAUCGUUGUUGAGUUCUACGCUCCAUGGUGUGGCCACUGUAAGAAGCUUGCUCCCGAGUAUGAGAAAGCUGCUUCUAUCUUGAGCAGUCUUAAUCCUCCGGUUGUUUUGGCUAAAGUCGACGCCAAUGAAGAGAAGAACAGAGAACUUGCAUCGGAAUAUGAUGUUAAGGGAUACCCAACAAUUAAGAUUGUGAGAAAUGGGGGGAAAAUUGUUCAGGAAUACAAAGGUCCCCGUGAAGCAGAUGGCAUCGUUGACUAUUUGAAGAAACAGAGUGGUCCUGCUUCAACUGAAAUUAAAUCUGCUGAUGAAGCUACUGCUUUUAUCGGUGAAAAUAAAGUUGUUGUUGUUGGAGUUUUCCCGAAAUUUUUUGGGGAGGAGUUUAAUAACUUUACUGCCAUAGCAGAGAAGUUGCGUGCUGACUAUGACUUUGGUCACACUCUGAAUGCCAAACACCUUCCAAGAGGUGAAUCAUCAAUCGCUGGCCCUGUUGUUAGGUUAUUCAAGCCUUUCGAUGAACUUGUUGUUGACUCCAAGGAUUUCAAUGUGGAUACAAUAGAGAAAUUUGUCGAGGAAUCUAGUACCCCUGUCGUUACUAUCUUUAACAACGAUCCUAGCAAUCACCCUUUUGUUGUGAAAUUCUUCGGCAGCCCCAAUGCAAAGGCAAUGUUGUUCAUCAACUUCACUGCUGUAAAUGCUGACUCUUUCAAAUCAAAGUAUCGUGAAGCUGCUGAGCAAUAUAAACAACAGGGUGUGAGCUUUCUGGUUGGAGAUGUUGAGUCUAGUCAAGGAGCUUUCCAGUAUUUUGGACUGAAGGAAGAACAAGUGCCUUUAAUUAUCAUUCAACAUAAUGACGGGAAGAAGUUUUUUAAACCCAAGUUGGAAGCCGAUGACAUUCCAACAUGGUUGAAGGCAUACAAGGACGGUAAUAUUGCACCAUAUGUGAAAUCUGAACCUAUUCCUGAAACUAACGAUGAACCAGUUAAAGUGGUAGUUGGGGAAAGUCUGGACGAUAUUGUUUUCAAGUCUGGGAAGAAUGUUCUGCUGGAGUUUUACGCUCCAUGGUGUGGUCAUUGCAAACAGUUGGCUCCAAUAUUGGAGGAAGUUGCUAUCUCAUAUCAAAGUGAUGCCGAUGUUAUCAUUGCCAAACUGGAUGCAACUGCCAACGAUAUCCCAAGUGAUACCUUUGAUGUCCAAGGUUAUCCGACCCUGUACUUCAGGUCAUCUAGUGGAACUCUAUCACAGUACGACGGUGGUAGGACCAAGGAAGACAUCAUAGAAUUCAUUGAAAAGAACCGCGACAAACCUGCCAAGAAAGAACAAGGAACAGCUAAGCCUGCUCACCAAGAACCAGUAAAAGUUGAGCAAGAAAAAGGAAAAGAUGAGCUUUGA